ACGAGGCUUUAUAAAUCGCGAGGAUGUUCGCCGGUGCCGAACCAGUGACACCUCGACUGCGAUCGAUCGUACUGGUACUGCCGAUUCGACGAAUUCGUACGAUAUCCACGUGCUCGUCGCGAAUCGAUUCGCGAGUGUUCAGUUUCAUCAACAUACGGCAGACAGGGUUUUCCAAGAAGCUUAAUAAAUGUUAUAGAGUGCUUGAAAAAAAAAGUAUAUAAACCAAGAACGUGCAACAGAGGAAAUCUCGUGGAUACAACUAGUUUCGAUCAGAAGAGUAUCAGCGAGGAUCGAUCUGUCUCGAGAAGCUAUUUCGUCGUAAACGAGGAUGCAGCCAGGAGUGACGGUGGUUCUGGCCACGGUCUGGCUGGCGGUGUACGUGAAUGUAGUGGGGACAGUUAGCCACUAUCCCUCCCGCCUUACCCUCGAUCAAUACACCCCUUUGCCCCCGCAGUACCAGCAACACGGAGUUUAUCGAAGAGUCGAGGGCCAACCGGACUGGAAGGAUCAGAAUCCUGGCGAGAAUCAGUCGUUCGACCUUUCGAUCGGCCCGCGAAGGUUGAUCUCGGCAAACACCUCUAAUGGCUCCCAGAGACAAUCCCACGGGACCGAAUAUCUCAAACAUGACUUGCUGCUCCGCCAAUCAAAGAAUAGCGCCGGUAACAAUUUUUCACCUUUAGUCGAAGAUAAACAGCCGCGUAACUUUGCUGGUCAAGAGUUUACGGAUGAGAAAGUUGAUAGUAGAGACUCAAAGGAUCUCGAAUCAGCGCCGCGUGAGCUGUCUCCUCCGUCCGAAUUGGAGGACCCUUUUGUAGCCGACGACACGUUCCAAGAUCAAGGACCAGGUUCCGUAGAAAUAUACAAAUUGGACGUAUUCCGAGUGAAGCCUCUGUUGAGCCCCACGCCUGUCACGAGAUUCCCAUCGAAAGGGAAAAGCAAAGCACCUAAAAAGACUAGCUACGUGAAUUGGAAGUCUAAAACGCCCGAGUACAAAGCUACUAGUUUGAAUAUGCUUCACAAACAGUCCAACUCGUUCGAUGACUUUAGUACAGAGAUUCCAGCAAAUACGGACCCAUUUAGUAUAGGAGGAGUGCCAGAGUUACAGGUGGGUUGCGAGGGAUUGGAGGCACCUGAUCACAGCAGAGAAAAAAGAUCGAUAGACUCCCCCGGUAAAGAUAAGAAUCCAAAGGAGGUGGAUCCGUGGGCGGAUGUAACUCCGAUAUCCUUGAACCUGGACUAUGAGCUGUCUGGCGAGGAAGACUACGAAGAGAUGGACGAGCUGCUGAAGCUAAAGAAAUUGGAGACUACCACGAAGAGGAUCAAGCAGAGUAGAGGCGACAUGGACGCAACUAUUCAUUCGGAUUUUCACAAGGACAAAGGACGCACCGAGAAAUUACCUGUUCGCGGAGACUUGGGCAAGUCUAGCGCGAGCAAUGAGUCGACCAUCUUGUCGGAUGGUCAAAAAGAUCGAAAGACGGAAGAAAAGAAGGUGACUGCCGAGGUUUCGCAUUUUAAUAAAGGGAAGCGAGAUGACUACCGUGUGACGAGGUCCGUCGUUGACGAGACAUUGAGAGAUAAUCAUCGUCGUAAGAUAUUGUGGUUCGAAGACUCUGACACUGAACAGUUGGAUAACAAAAACGAGAAACGUACUAAACGUCUUUGGGGUUUCGGAGAGAACGAAGGGGUAGCGACUAGCGAUGAGCUGCAGACAGAGAAUCAGCGACGAAAAAUAAGUUAUGCGGAAAGGAGAAGAGAAGAGGAGAAGAGAAGACAAGAAGAAGAACAAAGAAAAAGAGCAGAGGAAUGGAGAAGACAGCAGGAAGCACAGAGGCGAAAUUAUAUCAAGAAUCAAACAAAUACUGACAUAGAAAAUAUCAGGAACGAAUACGAGAAAAUGUUGGAGCAGAGAGAGAGAGAAGAAGAAGAAAGGAGGUGGCGAUUGCAGCAGUCAAAUAGGUGGCAUCUGGAAGAAGAACAAAGACGACGUUUACAGGAAGAAGAGUCAAGAAGAAAUCGAUUGGAGGAGCAACGUCGAAUGCAAGAACUAGAAACUCGUAGAAGAUACGACGAGUCUCCGACACAGACUCCUACUUACGAGGAGGAAAGAGAAAGACAAAGAGAACGGCAGCAAGCAGAAGAAAUAAGAAGGCGAGAAGAAAAUCGUCUAAGAGAAGAAGAACGUCGACGAAGAUUACAGGAAGAAGAAUCACGUAGGAGAGAGCAGAAUAGGUGGGUGGAAGAGAUGAAGCGAAGACAGCAGCAGCAGCAGCAGCAAGAACAGGAUAGAAAAAGCAUAGAAGAAAGGAGAAGAGAGUGGACGUUGAAACGUAAACAGGAGGAAGAAGAACAGAGAAAAAGACAUCAGCAAGACAGAAACGAACCAUCUAAUUUGCUGUACUCUUCGCGAAAUAGUCCGAACGCAAAUAAACUAUACCAUCUAGAAACAGAAAGAAGAAUGAGAGAACAACAGGAAAAAGAAUAUCAGCAAAAAUUAGAUGGGUAUAUUCAACGUAAUCGACCGAUCAACUUAAACAAAUCGAUAGAUCGACAAAGAGAAGAAGCGAACAGAUGGAAGCAGGAGGAAGAACGACGAAGACUCGAAGAAGAACGUAAGUUACAGGAUUACAUUCGAAGAAAUCAACCAGUGCGUGUUCCGGAAGAGAGCGGAUCAUCUGAUAAAAACUGGAUGGAGUAUAGGAGGAAAUUAGAAGAAGCUAGGCAAUAUAAUCGACCGAGAUAUCCAGGCCCAGAGACCGGGAGAAGAAAUCAUGGUCCAUCAGCCCCGACAAAUAUCGAUCCACGAGCUUACAAUGAUGCGAGAAGAAAAGCAAGUAAAACGAUCGAAGAGGAAGAAAUCCGCGAGCGACAGAGACAGCAACAAGAGCAACUGAGGAAAGAAGCUUUGAGGCGAGAAGCAGAGGUUAGAAGGAUACAAUCGAGAAAAUACGAGGAGGAACGAAGGAGGAAAGAAGCAACGAUGUUAGAAGCGGAGAGAAAUGCGAAAGAGCUGCGGGAAGCGGAGAUCAGAAGAAAUCAAGCUGAAAGGACGAGACCAAGCCAGGCUCGUAGGCGAUUCGACGGGCAUAGAGGUAGACACGACACGAGUCUUAUUCCAGCCAAUUUACUUUUGAAUGAGCCCAGGAGAGCUAUGGAGAGACAAAGACAGGAGCAAGAGAAAAGGCAACUGGAAGCUGAAAGGCGAAGAGCAAAGGAAGCAAGGGAGAAGGAGGAACGCGACAGGGUCAUGAAAGAGCAUCGGAGACGGCAGGAAGAGGCCAGGCUGAACGCGUUGCCUGUAAGCGCAAGCAUAAUAGUCCAACCCAUGGUACCUAACAUGUUAUCGAGAACGGGUUUCGAUAUCGACACGCGACUUAAUCCGUAUCAAGAAGGAGUGAAAGUGCCAAACUUUCCAGCGCCACCAACUCGACAGCCACCUGCACAAAGUCCUUCGCCCUGUGUUUGGGCGGUUGUUCAAUGCUGUCCAUCGAAAACCAAUCGUCUAGUUACCUGUUUCGAAUCCAUGGGUUGUCCCGGUAUUAACUGGGACCCUAACCCAUGCAAAGGUUCCAUUAUACAAGCCGCUAAGCAGCAGGUGGAGAAAUUUUAUGCUCAGCUCGAGGAAGAGGAUGAUUUUUAUUAAUGGAAACACGUGGAAUGUGGAAUGUGCCAAGUUCCAAGGUUUUAUGGAUCAUCCAAAUAUCUUUUGAGCAUCGAUUACAAGAAAUUCUCUAGUUUUUUUAAGAAACUGAAGGGAAUUACUGUGAGUGGAUCGAAUAAUAUAUAAUAACAACUUUAUAUGCAGGAAUAAUUAUGUGAAAAGAUCCAAUUGAUGGAAAUUUCGAAUAAAUAAUAGGUAUAUUGAU